CUUUUCUCUCUCUCACAAAGUAGCUAUAUACAAUAUUCAACAUGGAGGUUGGAGUAUUUACAGACAGUACUGGAGAGCAGUCAUGCGUAUCACUAUGGAAUCUAUCCAAUGGCGUGCUAUUGAAAAGUUUUAAAAAUGGCGCAUGUGCUAAAAAUGGUGUCAGUUUCGUUGGUGAUGACUACGUCAUUGCAGCGCAACAUCAGAAGCAACUUCUACAUAUAUACGACACACAUAAGGAGCAGCUGGUGAAGAAAAUUGUAUGUCCGGGUAAAAUUACAGCUAUGGCUGUUACACCAGAUGGAAAAUAUUGUGUUGUUGCACUGGUGGAGAAAAUUUAUGUCUGGCAGCUAUGUACAGGUGACUUGAUGGCUAUAUUAAGUAAACAUUACCAAGCUGUGACAUGUAUUCGCUUCGUUCAAGAUGGUAGCUUUUUUAUGACGGCAGGAGAUGAUAACCUGUUGUUAGUGUGGAAGUUUGCCAACGUACUACAACCAAAAGAUCCAAUAAGCAAUCAUAACGUGUGUGAACACCCUUUUCAUACACUUUCACAUCAUUCCAUGCCUGUCAAAUCCAUUCACGUUGGAGUCGGUGGAAUGAGAUGUCGUAUCGCCACCUGCUCACUGGAUCAAACAUGUAAAUUGUUCGAUUUAAUCUCUGGAAAAAUGCUAUGUUCGUUUGUUUUUAAUGUCGGAUGUUCUGCUGUAACCAUGGAUAUACCGGAAAGUCGCUUAUUUGCUGGAACGAUGGACGGUAGAAUCUACAAUGUAAAGUUAUACGACAAGAAGGCGAAAGAAACACAUGUAUCAAGCGAGUCAGUCAUAAAAGCACAUACUAAAGAAGUGACAUCACUUUCUGUGUGUAUGGAUGGAACUAAAAUGCUUUCUGGUUCACUGGAUUCAUCUGUCAAGUUAUGGCAUAUAAACAGUCAGCAGUGUUUGAGAACGUUUUCAUUUAAAGGUGAAGUAACCAAUGCUUUUGUAAUGCCAUACCCGACGUUCUUGCAAGAUAGGGCUGUCGCACCGAUUAAAUGUGGUAUCGAAAACUUUAAAAGGACAACAACUGUGCGUGGUGGUGAUACAUGCAGUUGGAGCACGAUGAGUGAUGAAAACACUAUUCCUGUGGUCCUCAAAGACAUACGAGAGGAUGAAGAAACACAUGCAUCGUGGUAUUUGGAACAAGCACUUCUUGAGUGUUCGUAUCAAGAGAGCAGUUCAACAAAAAAUACAUUGAAAACAGCCACACGUUCGGAAUUACUACAACGAAUAUCAGCGCUGGAAUCUAUGGCGCAAGAAUUUUAUACAUACGCUGGUGAGAAGUUGAUCAAAGACGCGACGAGUACUGAACAGUCAACUGGACAGACGUAACAAAUGUCGUAAUCUCUGACCCAAGUGCGAAUUUGGCGUAAACAUCGAAACGAAUUUUUUGACGUUGGUAGGAGCUUUAAAUGUAAAUGGCGGGAGCGUAGUAAUUGAUGUUGCCAAGUGGGCGUGAAACAUUGUUUGUCGCAAAAUUCUGUGCGUGUACUUCCUUGUGGGUGAGAUCGGAAAUGAUGACACGUGUAAUACAGGUGGAAACAUAGACAACAACAUCUUUUUCUUUCAUUUUGAAGAAUUUUUUCUAAUAUCAUGAGUAUUUUUACAACCCAAUUGUCAAGAAAAUAAAUAAAGUACACUGUGCACUAAGUUUAUCACUACUGUAGACAAAGUUAUGAACUCUGAUUUGAUCUUCGUGAAAUGCGUACGCGUGAAAGAAAAUUAAUCGUUAACAGCCUUCAAUCGUGUCAUUUUUUUAUUUUUUUUGGGGGGGGGAGGGAUAUUUAAAAAUAAUUAUAUCAUAUACAAGAAAAAACUAAUACUUUUUCUACUUUUUAAAUAUAUAUAUAUAUAAUUGUUAUAUUCCAGCAGGUUUUCCACCUUUUCUAUAAUCACAUUCAGCUGUUACCUUUCCGUUUGGAAGACGCACGAUGGCUUGAACCACACCCAUUAUAGCGUGAGAUUGACCUAAGAAAUAAUAACUGCAAUGAAAUACCUUGCGAUGAAGUAUGGCAAUCAUGCAACUGCAACUAGUUUGAUCUGCUUUCAACUAGUUUGCUUAAUGGUUCACAAAACCUAGUAAUACUAGUUGGUCACGCCUCCUCUAAAAUUCUCUAAAUUUCUCUUUUUUGAAAAACCUCAUCUAAAGUCAUCACCCUGUAAAAAUAUGAAAAUGUAACCAAAUCUCCUCUUUAACUUCUCUAUUUUUUUAUGUACACUGAUAAUAGAUUAAUAGUUAGUUUCAGUAUUAUGUUACAGAGAUUUUACAUUUGUCAUAGUGAUAUAAAAUGUUAGUUCUAUCCUUCAAAUUAGCAAUACCUCAUCAAAAGCUGUA